AUGAAGCUCUUUUCUGGUCUUGCUCUCGCUGCAGUCGCUUCUACCGUCUCUGCCCUCACUUCCAUCACUACCAAGGGUAACGCCUUCUUCCAAGGUAGUGACAGAUUCUUCAUUAGAGGGGUCGAUUACCAACCUGGUGGAUCUUCAUCCACCACCGAUCCUUUGGCUGACUCCACCACUUGUCAAAGAGAUAUCGCCAAGUUUACCGACUUAGGUAUUAACACCAUCAGAGUCUAUACCGUUGAUAACUCCAAAGACCACAGUGAUUGUAUGAAGGCUUUGGACGACGCCGGUAUUUAUCUUGUCUUGGAUUUGAACACCCCACAAUCUGCCAUCACUAGAAGUGGUACCAACUGUUCUUAUAACUCUGCGUAUUUGCAGAACAUCUGGGCUACUGUUGAUGAGUUUGCUACUUAUGAUAAUGUUCUUGGUUUCUUUGCUGGCAAUGAAGUCAUUAACAAUGCUAACACCACUGCCACUGCCAAAUACGUCAAAGCUGUUAUCAGAGACUUGAAGACUUACAUGGCUAAAAGAGGUUACAGAGCUAUUCCUGUUGGUUACUCAGCUGCCGAUGUUGAAGAAAACAGAUUGCAAGCUGCUGAAUACUUCAACUGUGGUGGUGAUGGUGCCAGAGCUGAUUUCUUUGGUAUCAAUGAUUACUCAUGGUGUGGUAACUCUUCUUUUAGCGAAUCUGGUUAUUCUGACAAGGUCGACUUGUACUCUAAUGUCACCAUCCCAAUGUUUUUAUCUGAAUUCGGCUGUAACCAAGUUAAGGGCUCUAGACCUUUCAGCGAAAUCGAAGCCAUCUAUUCCAGUGAAAUGACCGGUGUUUUCUCUGGUGGGUUGGUUUAUGAAUAUUCUCAAGAAUCUAACGAUUACGGUUUGGUUAAGGUUGUCUCUGAUUCUGAAGUCACCGAAUUGCAGGAUUACACCAACUUGAAGAACAUGUAUGCCAAGGUUAAAAACCCAACUGAUAAUAACUACAAGACCUCUGAUUCUGCCUCUGAAUGUCCAGCAGUUUCUUCUGACUGGGACUCUGAUGACAAUUUGCCAAACAUGCCAGUUGAUGCUCAACAAUAUUUGAAGAAUGGUGCUGGUAAAGCUGGUGGGAUUAGUUACAACACCAUCACUUUAUGUAAAGGUGAUGCUGGUUCUAGUGGUGUUACUAACAGUAUUAAAGACACCACCCCAUCUAGCUCUUCGUCCUCGUCCAGCUCUAGUUCUAGCUCUUCCUCCUCCAGUAAGUCUGGCUCUUCAUCUUCAUCUUCAUCCAGCAAGUCUGCUUCUUCAUCUGCUAGUGCUGGUUCUCCAAGUUCAGCUCCAUUCAAUAAGUAUGCCUUAUUUGCCAUGGUCUAUGCAACCAUUGCUGGUAUCUACGGUUUUUCUUCCGUCUUUUGA